AUGACAUGUUCCCUGGAGGCUGAAGCUCAAGUUUGUAGGCCAAGUGGAAAUAUAAGGGGCAAGAAACCUCCUCCUGGAAAAUGCAACAGAGAGAAUGACUCUGAUUGUUGCAUCGAAGGCAAGCUUUACACCACCUACAAAUGCUCGCCCACUGUGUCCGUCCAUACCAAAGCGAUACUAACCAUAAACAGCUUCGAGAGGGGUGGAGAUGGGGGUGCCCCGUCGGAAUGCGACAACCAGUACCACUCUAACAACAUACCAGUUGUAGCAUUAUCAAGUGGUUGGUUCCAAGGAAUGCAAAGGUGCUUUCAUAAUAUUACUAUAAGUGCAAAUGGGAAGAGUGUGGUGGCUAUGGUGGUUGAUGAAUGUGACUCUACCAUGGGAUGUGAUGAUGACCAUGAUUAUCAGCCUCCAUGUAAUAACAACAUUGUUGAUGCAUCGAAAGUAGUAUGGGAAGCUUUGGGAAUUCCUGAGAAAGACAGGGGUAUGAUGGAUAUCACUUGGUCUGAAAACUAG